AUGGAUCAUUUUAAAGACUCAGGAUGCUUUUGUAAUGUUUACCCUACUAAACCUCCGAUAGAAUGGUACCGGGGUGAUUCUGGUUUAUGUAGUAUUGCAAACAGAGCACUUCGAUUAAAAAAUUAUGCACUGCUUCACAAUCUUCGUCUUUUUCUUACCGAUCUCUACCAAGAAUUGCAAAAACUACAUAAACAACAAAAACUUGAUGAAGAGGAUUCUAUGUUAUUAAGACGUUAUCGUGGUCAAAAAAUGUCUCGCGAUGAACUGAAUGGUUUAAUUAAUAACAUUGGUCAACUCGUCUUCAAUAAUAGCUUCUUUUCUACAACUUCCACUCAUUCUGUGGCUCAUAUAUAUGCAGCAGCUGAUUCAAACACUACUGAAAGCGUAGCAGUUUUAUUUGAUAUGGAAAUCAAUACGUCACAUGUAACACGAUAUUAUGGCUGUAUACACGGAAGUGGUGAAGAAGACGAGCUGAUUAUUGCCCCCGGUGCCAUUUUUCGUUUGCAAAAUGUUGAAUGCAUCAGCAAUAGUCAUACGAUGCGCAAUACUAUACUGUCAGAUAUAAAAAAAGAUGAGCUUUGGCUUAUUAAACUGAGUUCAAUCGAUGAAAAACACCUUCUUGGCGAAACAUUGACAAUAUUAUCCGAAACAAAUAUGAUUGGGGCCGGUGAUCCGGUCGUGACUGGCUUGGUUUUUAUUUUUUGA